AUGUAAGCUGGCGUUCCACUAAACCCUCACACACCCCAGAACAAGUCAAGAGCAGAGUUGAAGACAAAGACAAAUCAGGCUGGAUCAAACUACCUUUUAGAACACACAGGUAGAAUUCAAGACACACAGAGCUCCAGCAGAAAUACUGGGAUUUUAAUUUAAAGCACAAUGUCACAAUUCAGCACCCUUUCAACGCGUGAGAGGAAGAUGCAGGCUGCCGCACUUUGCCAUGAGGUGCAGGGUGGAUCCAAUGGUGUUACUAUGGAUCUAGGAAAGAAACUUUCCACUCCCAAAGACAUUAUGCUGGAGGAGCUCUCUCUCAUGUCAAACCGAGGAUCACGUCUUUUCAAGAUGCGACAAAGGAGAUCGGAGAAAUACACGUUUGAAAGUAUUCAGAAUGAGGCCAACACUAUGUUUAAUAAUGAAAAUCAGGGCAAUGCUGAAAAUGCAGGAAUUCCAUCAAAAACACCACCAAACACUCCAGAUUCCAGAAACGCAGCAAAUCCUGAGGACAUUGCACCUGGAUAUGGAGGCCCCUUGACAAACAUUCCUCCAGAGAGAUUCAAUGCCACAGCCAUGCCCAAAUCUUACCACUCCCCCUGGGAAGAGGCUAUCAUCAAUGACCCCACACUGGCCGAGACUUUCAAACUUCAAAUGCCUGUGCUUGAGCCUAAACAUGAGCGUCCUGACUACAAAAGCUUUAAUAGGGUGGCUACACCAUUUGGUGGUUUUGAUAAAGCCCCACGAGGAAUAACUUUUAAGCUUCCAGAGGUGAACUUGAAUGCCCCGAGAUAUCCAGAGCUCCAGGAUCAUACAGCCAAGCGGCCUACUUUCAACAGGACCGCCCAGGGGUGGAUCUCUGAAGGCCUGCCUGUCAUCUUACCUACUGUCUCUCUAGAGCCCUUUGAGAUCCCAGAGUCUGAAGACCUGUAACAUAUUCAAACCUUUCAUGUCCCCUAAACCAACCUUCCUGAUUGCAAUAGGAUGUUAGAUGUCAUUCAGAGCUGCUGAUUUUAGACCAGCUUUGUUGAAGUAUUUAGAACUGCAUUUAGGACCGCUGGUCUUUGAACAGCUUUUUUACAUAUCAUUUUAGAGUGGAUGCCCUAGUCUAGUGGAUCAGAUUUAAGGAUCACAAGCGUAACAACAAAAAUUAGGAAGCAUAUAUCAGAAUCUUUAUCCAGCAAAUGACUUGUACAUGUGAUUAUAGUUAUGUUUAAUAAAAUCGCAAUGUUUAGACAAUUGAGUACCACAGAGAUAACGUAUUUUUGUAUGCAAACCCUGGAAGCAAGUUAGCAUUUUAAGACUUCCGGUUCCCUCACCCCAAAGUCUGUGGGUUUUUUGACUGGGUUUUUGGUAAAUCAGCUGAAAUAAGGUCUGUAGCUAACAAAACCUCUAAAUAUUUUCACAUUUAAUCUAUGACAUAUAAAACACCAGUUACAACCUGCUUGUGAUUUUUAAAACUUUAUUGUGUUCUUUAAAACGGCGGUUGCUAACAAGUUGCCAAAAACGACUACUUCCUUUGGCGGGGACGUUAGAUGUCAUCGCGCAUAUAAAUCUCACAAAUAAUGUCUAAAAUUAUUGCUGGGGAUUCAUUCACGGAGUAAUUACUGGAAACAAGUUUUUUAAAAAAGUUUGAGAAAGUUGUCGAUUGGUAGUGGGGAUAUAGAGCGACCAUUGUGUAGUCUGGUUAUACUGUUUUUUUUUACUUCUGCCAAUUUUAUUUAGGCUUCAAAAAUAGCAAAUAUUCUGUUAAUCUUUAAAGAUGAUCUUGAUAGACAAAACGUGUACACAUCAUGAACAUUUGUAAAUCACAGAUCUUAUUUUAUUACGAUCUUCCACAAGUUAAUGGGAAGUCGAGGGAUGCUAACUUACUUCCGGGUUAGCCUACAAAAAAUACGGGCUGCAUGGAGAAUAGUACAUUGUUGAUUUGCAUCAAAAGCAAAGAAAUUGAUUUUCAACAGUGUACCUCCAUCAGCACAAAAGAUCAUAGACUUGUAUUAAAAACAAUAAGCAUGCAUCAAUGUUUAAAGCGGACAGUGAAUUUUACUAACAGGUGAUCAUACUGUGAAAUUUGAAUAGUACAGUGGGGCAAAAUAAGUCCUAAAGGUUUUUGUGUAUAAAGUAAUCAUACCAAUGUAAAAUUAAAAUCAGUGUAUUUUAAAACCUAAAAAUAUUUCCUGUCAGUACAUUUUAAAAUCAAAUUGAUCAGGGAUGGAGCAACAGUGGAAACAACCAUGUAAAUAUAUUUUAUGUUAGUGCCUAAAAAUUGUAGAAUUUUGGGGAAAUGUAUUUCUGUCUUGGGGUGAUGUUUAACAUGAUAGUUACACUUUGCUUGUAUUGUAGUUCCAAAGAGUGAUGUACAGGACCUGUACAAAUAAAAUUCAUAUUUAUUCAGAAAA